UGAGCGCCCUUCGAGCGGUCGUUUUGAAAUCCAAUCAUCUCUUAUCAGUGCUGCUAGCGCGCAGGGCUAUAGGUCCUGUUGGCGUGUUGCCGCUCGUUUUAGGCAUCCCCGCGCGGUUAAGAACGUUACGCGAGAUGGCACCUCGAUGACCCCGAGCGAUAUUAUGCGAACGUUAAAGCACCUGCUGGCGCUGAGAAGGCAACGUAAUCGCCCCAGUGGUACAUAUAAGCCGGCGGGUCAGCAUUGUGCUGUGCCAAUUGUGUCCGGUUGCUCGGUUCGUCGCUUGUGUUGAAGUCUUUCGUUUUUCGGAAAUGCCGCAUCAGGGAAAAACGUUGCUACUCGUCCUGCUGGUGUCUCUCGUGGCCAACCAGUGGGUGCCGGUGUGCGCUUCCGGUGAUUUCUUUGACGACAUUUUGUCCAUUUUCUUCGACAGCGAUAGCGAAAGUGACAGCGAGAGCGGCAGCGAAUCUGUAGAAAUGGUCAACGUGGGUGGAAAGAACGCGACCAUACAUGUAACGUGCGAUGCCUGCGUACUGAACGUGGUGUGCCCGAACUGCAUCAGCAUGUCGACGGAAAAUGGACCAAUGGUGAAACCGAUGCCGAGUUCUCCGGCGCCACCGCCACCGAUGCCAGCAACAAAUGGAGAUGCAACAACGACGGUUGCGGGGACGACAACGACAACAACGACGAGUACCACGGCUGGAACGACCACAGCACCGGCAAAUGGAGCUGGUACGACAUCCAGCACAACCGCAGCACCCGACAUGUCUAGUGAGCCACCUCCAACAACGGCGGCACCUGCCGACAUGACUCCCUAAUAGUUUAGAUACGACAUUGUUCAGUGGUGUUAAAAGGAUCCCCGUAAUCGCUCGUUAGUAUUUUUGGUACAAUUUUUCACAAUAAAUACAGCGUGCAGUGUUUUUGAAUUGUAAAAGCAAAAUAAAGGUGUUUGAUAUCGUAGAAAGAUUCCAAAU